GUGAAAGUUGUUUGAAGUUGUCGAAAUUAUCCACAAAGACGACUCCAUUUUUGACCUAAAUUUGUUAUUUAUUCGACUUCCCUUAUCGACGAUGAGUGGAAAGAUAUAUUGUGGUCGUUUAGCACCCACUUGUACGGAGAAAAAUCUCGAGGAUCUUGUGAAAGCGUUUGGGAAAGUUCGCGAGGUGGAUUUCAGAGAGGGUUUUGCAUAUGUUGUGUUUAAAGAGGCUAAAGACGCCGACAAAGCUGUCCAAGCCUUGAAUAACACGCAUUUCCUCGGGCAAAGUAUACUAGUAGAGAGGGCCAAAGAAGCUAGAAAUGGUGUUGGAGGGUAUACCGUUGCGGGGGGUUUUACCGCUCGCACCAAGCAAAUGGGACCCCCUACYCGGUCUGAGUUCCGCGUCAGAGUAGAAAAUCUUUCAACUCGCGCGAAAUGGUUGGAGUUAAAAGAGUUUAUGAACACUGCCGGAGAAGUUUGCUUUGCUGAUACGCAUAGGAGAAGGCCAGGAGAAGGUGUUGUAGAGUUCACUACGGAAGAAGACAUGAAAAGAGCAAUACAGGGCUUGGAUAAAAAAGAAUUCUAUGGAAGGAAAAUUAGGAUUAUAGAAGAAACACCUAAAACGAAACCCUCAUUAUCGAGAUCUAGAUCAAGGUCUCCAUCAAGAUCAGAUAUUAGAAGACAAAGGAGAUCAACGUCAGGAAGCCGAAGACGGCGUUCCCUAUCCCGGUCCCCUAGGAGAGAGAGGUCUGGAUCAAGAAGUAGGGUCAAAAAGCAAAGGUCACGAUCUCGAUCAAGGAGAUCAAGAUCUAAGAAUAAGAGGAAAAGCAGAUCAAGAUCAAAGUCUUUGUCUAGAUCCCGAUCUCGGUCUGGUUCCAGAUCAAAGAGAAAGUCAUCAAAACGUAGAUCAAGAUCCAACUCCAAAUCAAGGCACAAAAAGAAGUCAAGAUCUUCAAGAAAAAAUAAAAGUCGCUCCAGAUCAGGGUCAAGAUCAAAAAGGAGAUCAAAAGAGAAUGUUGAAAGAUCAAGGUCACGGUCUGGAUCAAGAUCUAAAUCAAGAUCCAAAAGAAAAGAUAGAAGUAGAUCCAGAUCAGGAUCAAGAUCAAAAAAGAAAUCGAGAUCAAACAGAAAAGAAAGAAGUCAAUCUAGAUCAGGUUCUAGGUCUAGAUCUAGAAAAAAAUCAAAGUCUAAAAGGAAAAGCCGAUCAAGAUCUAUCUCUAAUCACAAAUCCAGAGAUAAGAACAAAUCAAGAUCUAGAUCACACUCUCCAGAAUCAUCAGACCAUUCACGAUCACGCUCACCUGCAAAGAAGACAGAAUCAAAGAAUGGGAAAUCUCAUUCCAAAUCUCCCUCUCCACAAUCUAAAUCAGAACACUAUGUAGACAAUCUGCACAGCAAGUCACCGUUAAGUGAUAGUUCUUCUAAUGUGUCUCCAUCACCUAAGACCAGAAAACACUCUAAAAGACACUCUAGGUCUAUUUCAAGGGAAAAGAUAUCUUACAAGAGAAGAAAGUCUGAUUCAGAUUGACAAAUGUCUUGUUGUCAAUAUUAGAGAAUAUUUUUUGUAAUGUCAUCUUUUAAUCUUGAAGUUUGGACUCUUUUGUAAAGGAUAGUACAAAUCUCCGGCUGAAAGCUGAAAAAGAAAUGUUGUAAAGAGGACUACAAGGUCAAAGUUCAAAGGUUUUGUGAGCAUUAAAGCAGCUGGAAUUCAACUGGAAAGUAUAAUAUUCAGAAAAUACGUUCUGCAUUGAAGUGACAAAGCUGAAGCUGUGUUCUGGUUACUAUUGAUUGACAAGACUAUGAAAACUUAGGAGAUACAUCAUUGACUGCAAAAGCAAACUCACAAGAAAAGUUUGCAACCAUGCAUUUAGAGGGAGAAAUGGUGUGGCCAACUGUGGCUCUGUAAUAUAAAACUAUUUUAUUUGUGUGAGCAUGUUUGGAAUUCAGAUGGAUUGUUUGUGAUUUUGAGCAUUUUUGCUGGUAUCUUUUGAAAAACUAGCAAUGUUUCACAACUAGGUAGUGUUAUUUAGUAAUUGUUUGAAUGGUUUAUUUAAUAGAAUUUUUUUUUUCUUCUUUUGCGAUGGAUACUUUUCAAAAGAUGAAAUGGCAUGCACUCAUCAUAUUGAUUUAAAUGUCUUAAUAUACAUGUAGGUUAAGUGUUUGUGUCAAGUUACAUGUAUAAACACACAAACUCUAUAAUAAUUAUAAAUCAACUAAAAUAGUGAGCAGUUUGAAUUACAAACACUAAAACCAGACAUUUGCUGCACUAUUUAGUUGUUAAACAAUGCUAAUUAUUCAACAAUAGAUAUGACAUUAUCUAGCACUAUUUUGUUUUAGUUUUUUUUGUUGCAAUUUUUCAGUAUUUCUCAACCAAAAAGACCUGAAAAGACCAUGAAAAAAUGAUGUGAGGCUUACACAAAGAAUAAAACUUAACAGAAUUAUCAGAAUGAUUUUCAUAGGACUAUAAAAUAGUCACCAGCUAAUAGACACCAGUAACUCAAAGCACAAGAMUUGUUUUCUUUUGUUGGAACAGUACAGGACUAUUGAUGCUGACAAUUGUUUUGAAGUCCCAUGGAAACCAUUWUAUUUUAUAACCAAAUCAUGACCUAAAAGUUGUACAAGUCAGUAGAAACUUGACACAAAUAUGGAGCAGAGCAAAUGCAGUUAAAAAAACUAAAUGAGUUUGUAUUGUGUACUAAUUUUAGUUAUUAUUCUUAAUUGACUUAUGAAAUGCACUUGUUUAACACAGUUAGUGACAUAGUAUUGUUGGUAUUAUUUUCCUAUAACAGUCACAAUAUUCAUUGUGAUAAAAGUCUUUUUUUUAGCUGUAUAAACUGUAUUUGCUCAAUGUUUCAAAUGUCACACUCUCUCUUUUCCAUUUAAUAGUUGUACAUCAAGAUGUUUACUUCUUUUUAUUCCUUAGUUUUUACUUGAUCUUCAAUUCAUGCUUGUAUUUUGUAAAUAGAAGGGUUUUAUAUACAAAGCCUAUAUGGGGUUAGUUUGUCUAUCACAUUAAGCACAUUCCAUUUGUAAUUUUUGAAGUGCUUGGCAUGUUAUUUCCAAACUGGCCUUUAGGUUUAGGAUCAAUGUUCAUACAAGUACAUUAUGACUGUCCAAUUAAAACUUGUCCCUGUGUCUCA